CAGACUGGACUGUUAUCCUAAGGCCAUUUAUUAAGGAAAACGAAUCUCUUGAUGAAUCUGUGUGGGAAAGGAUUAAAAUACGAACUAGGGUUUUCAAAAACCAUGGAAGAAGAUGGCCGCUUCCCGUGUCGUCGACCGCUCUAGUUCACAGUUCAACGCAGAGGGAGAGAGAGAUGAAGAGAGCUGAGCGGGAGAGAUUGAACAGACUGUUGAACGAGCAUCUCAACACCAUCCACGAGACGCUUCAGGUAUUGGAUCAAUCCCCUGCGCCCUCUGCGCAAAGGACGGGCUGGAAAGAUGUUGUCCAAAUGGGUGAACAGCUUUCCAAGCAAGCCACCAACGUUGGAAUGCUUUGGACUGGAGAAACUCAAGAAGUUGCAGUGCUCGAGGACAACAUGUUUGCAUUUUUCAAUGCGCUGCAGGGGCUGCUCUUGCUCUCACAUGGAAGUACAGUGGGGGCUGGACCUACCCUUUCUGCUUGCAUUCAUGCAUCCAUAAAGCAAGUGGUUGAUUGCAGUUUUGUCUUGAUGAAGGAUACAAUUGCCACACAUGGACCUCGCAAUAAAGCACAAAAACAUUCAAUCCCGCAGUUAGUUGGCACGGUGUGGGAAGCUUGUUCUGCCCUUAAGAAGACACCAUCCACAAACAUCACAGCAAUAGGUCGGGCGCUUACACAGUCUGCCGUUUCAAUGAAGGAUGUUCUUCGAGAAAUGAAGGAACUCAAAUCAUCAUCUCCAGAUUCAGAGGUGGAUGACGAGGUUUCUGCAGAAACAGAAAGCAAUCUUGAUGAUACAGAUGAUAUGGGGGAUCUUGGGAAUGACCUGUCACCUGAAGAAAUGAAAGUUGCCCAAUUAACUACAGACGUGGUCUCCCAAACACUGGUGGUUAUUAAGGAACUUAUUCGCUCCAUCACGGGAUUAGUCAAGCUGGAAGCUUCCGGAAACUCAUCUGAUGCCUUCAUAGGUUCUUUAGAGAGAAUAUUGAAGUUAUGCCAAGAAAUCGGUCUGCAAGUCGAUGAACUCGGGGCUUCCCUUUAUCCUCCACAAGAAAUAUCUUCCAUUAGGGGAUCGCUGAAAAUUAUUUCGAGCAACACGAAUGAAAUGAUGAUGGAGUUGGAAAAUCUUAAGGGAUCAACGGAAGAUUAUAAGAACGCAUGCGAUGGUUUGAAAACUUCAAUGGAACAUUUGGCAUCUGAAUUGGGCUCUGCAGAUUCAAUCAUGCAGAAAAUGGAAAAUCUUGCUGUGAGUGAUGACUAAUUUAGGUUAAUUUGGCACUUGAGGUUUAGAAAGCAACAAAGUGAAGAGUCUUGGUUCCUUUUUAAUGUAUUAUCUAUAGUUGGGAGCAUUGAGAUAUACCCAAUCAUGCCACGGAUGACACCAAGGUGGACAUCAUCAUUGUUUCAUAGACAAUGAUUUCUCACAAGAAAAAUGGUAGGGUGCUCCCAAAUGAUUGCUACCAGUAUGCACUCAUGCUUGCCACAGAUGAUUAUCAUCUAUGUCAUCUGUGCAAAGCAUGUGUACACCCCUGGUAGCAACCAUUUGGAGGCACCCUAGCAUGAUCCUUUUCACAAACAAUGACUGAUUGAUCUUGAUUGCUUCUGGUGGUGUCAACCUUGAUGUCAUCUUUGGAGUCAAGUAACAUUUUGGGGCAUUAUGGUUCUUGAUUAUGAUAAUGUGCCAUUGCGGCUUAUGUUACUAAUGAUAUUGGUUGAAUGAUACUGCUUAUGUCUCAUUUUA